ACAACAUUGAAAUCCUACGAUUGAAGCAAAUCUCAAUUUUUUCGAAUGAAUCCGUGUUAUCUUUAAGUGUGGGCUAGAGAAGGUUUUCUUUAAAUUGCAAGCAAUGUCGGCCACUUUAAAACCGUAUUUAACGGCGGUUCGCCAUACUCUCACAUCUGCUAUGUGUUUAGAUCAUUUUUCAUCACAAGUUGUUGAAAGAUAUAAUAAACCGGAGGUAGAGGUUGGUACAAGCAAAGAAUUGUUAUUGAAUCCAGUCAUCAUUUCACGGAAUGCCAAUGAGAAAGUGCUCAUUGAAUCAUCGAUCAAUUCAAUACGAAUAAGCAUAAUGAUUAAACAAGCCGAUGAGAUUGAAAAGAUUUUGUGUAAAAAGUUUAUGCGCUUUAUGAUGAUGAGAGCGGAAAACUUUAUCGUCCUGCGACGGAAACCGGUAGAUGGAUAUCAUAUCAGUUUCCUCAUUACGAAUUUCCAUACAGAGCAAAUGUAUAAACAUAAACUCGUUGAUUUUGUUAUAUACUUCAUGGAAGAGAUUGAUAAGGAAAUAAGUGAAAUGAAAUUAGCUGUCAACGCCCGCGCAAGAAUUUGCUCAGAAGAAUUUUUAAAGAGAUUUUAAGAAUAGGAUAAUCUUUCUUCAGUUAGCUAUAUGUGAUGUUCAUACAAUUCCAAAUUUGUAUUAUUUGUAUUACUUUUAAUAAGGAUGAGAAAUUAGGAUAUCUGCAUUUUAUUUUGUUAUAUUUUAUCUCUUCAUAUAAUUUUAUAAAUAAGUGACUCAUAUGUAUUAUCAAAUACAGCAAAAGUGUCAAAAGUGUAAAUUUUGCUUUUGGAAAUUAAGUUUAGAGUGUAAACUAGAGUGAAUCAAAAUGUUAUCAUGUAUCCAGUAUUACACAGAAAUAUUCACUAAUAAAUUUAUUUCACUAAACAUUACGAUGAAAAUGACUGAUAAUAUCAUUGCAG